CAAACACCGGAUGACCACCCUUCCCUUCCUCUCUGCCGGGUUGGUGUGUCUUCCUUCCGGCUUGCCGAAGAAAGUUGAGGAAGGUUCAGCGGCAACUGGGCUUUUACACAAUGGACAGCCAGGGAAGGAAAGUGGUGGUCUGUGACAAUGGAACCGGGUUUGUCAAGUGCGGCUAUGCAGGCUCCAACUUCCCAGAGCACAUCUUCCCUGCGCUUGUUGGGAGGCCCAUCAUCCGCUCGACAGCUAAAGUGGGAAACAUUGAAAUCAAGGACCUGAUGGUGGGGGAUGAGGCCAGCGAGCUCCGCUCUAUGCUGGAAGUCAACUACCCCAUGGAAAAUGGCAUUGUCAGGAACUGGGACGACAUGAAACACCUGUGGGACUACACGUUUGGCCCAGAAAAGCUCAACAUCGACUCCCGUAACUGCAAGAUCCUGCUGACUGAGCCACCAAUGAACCCCACCAAGAACCGCGAAAAAAUCAUUGAGGUGAUGUUUGAGACCUAUCAGUUUGCAGGUGUCUACAUUGCUAUUCAAGCCGUUCUGACACUGUAUGCUCAAGGUCUUCUGACCGGUGUGGUAGUGGACUCAGGUGAUGGUGUUACACACAUCUGUCCAGUGUAUGAGGGCUUCAGCCUGCCUCACCUGACGAGACGCCUGGAUAUCGCAGGCAGAGACAUCACUCGCUACCUCAUCAAGUUGUUGUUGCUGAGGGGUUACGCCUUCAAUCACUCAGCAGACUUUGAAACAGUGCGAAUGAUGAAGGAGAAGCUAUGCUACGUCGGCUACAACAUUGAACAGGAACAAAAGCUGGCAUUGGAGACCACCGUGCUGGUGGAGUCUUACACGCUGCCAGAUGGUCGUGUGAUCAAGGUGGGAGGAGAGCGGUUUGAGGCCCCUGAGGCACUGUUCCAGCCUCACCUCAUCAACGUGGAAGGUGUCGGAGUGGCCGAGCUGCUCUUUAACACCAUCCAGGCUGCCGACAUAGACACUAGGCCUGAGUUUUACAAACACAUUGUGUUGUCGGGAGGCUCUACCAUGUAUCCCGGUCUGCCGUCACGGCUGGAGAGAGAGCUCAAGCAGCUUUACCUAGAGCGUGUGCUGAAGGGAGACGUUGACAAGCUUUCGAAAUUUAAGAUCCGCAUUGAAGAUCCUCCCAGACGAAAGCACAUGGUGUUCCUGGGUGGAGCCGUGCUGGCUGACAUCAUGAAGGACAAGGACAACUUCUGGCUGACCCGAGAGGAGUACCAGGAGAAAGGAGUCCGCGUGCUGGAAAAACUAGGAGUCACCGUCAGAUAAAGCUCUGGACGGACAAACCUCACUCUCACAACACAUGCACACACAUGCACACAUACCAGACAUGCACACAUUUCCCCCCUUGCCCCCAUCGCAGAGUAUAUAUCUAUUUAUCCCUCGUCUUUGGCUCACAUUACUCCCCAGACAUCAGUGGGAAUCGAGCCGUCACCUCCCUGUUCCUCUCCUCUCCUCUAUCGCCACUUUUCCUCUGCCUCUCUACUCUCCCGGUUUGCGAUUGGCUCACGCUUCCCUUGCAAGCCCCGAGAACCACUCUCCAUCUUUGCAGAUCACACUCGAGCCUCUCUUUCUUUAAUAGGUAUAGAAGGGCUGAUGUUGCCCUGCUGAUGUAAUUUGGAGUCAGAUUUUCAUCUGUGUUGUUGUGGUGAUGGUUAAAAACCGAGGCAGUAAAUUGACCUUACGCUGGAUGUUCACUCUGCAUGUUUACCUGCCACAUAGACAACCAGAAAUCUGUUGAUUGUGUAUGGGAAUAAACUUGGCAGAUAAACAGUGGAAUAGACCAGCCACUGCAGUUUGAGAAAGUUUAGUUUCCUUCUUUGAUUAAAACUCUGGAGUGGAUAAAUUGAUGCAGAGUUAUAAGGAAUUUGUGUCUGUAAUAUCACAAUCAGGGUCCAUUAAUAAACAGCCACGGGCCGCUUUCAGCUUCUGUUCCAGGUGAGCUGAUCACAUUUUUAUGUCGGUUUUUAUAAAUGAUAUCAUGACUAUUCUUCUGGGAGAGGGAUUUCUUUCUUUUUGCUUUCCUUUUUGUUGGAUGUAUGAGUUUAUAUCUUUAAAUCUGAUUUUUUUUUUUCCAUGACUUUUUCUUUUGUUGCUGUGCACUACUACCAUUGUAAAUGGAGUACAUUGUGGUAACAGAAGUUCCUCCAUGUUUUUUUUAAAUGAAGAAUUAAUGGUUGAUUUAUAAAGGGACAAAUCCAUAAAGUAAAGCCCCUGAGCUUGACAUCAUCUGUGACGGUACAUUGGGGUUUAGGGGUGGUGAGUCAGGAUGGGAUGGGGGGAUGUUACUAUUUGUUCCUCAUCAAACGGCUUCGCCUCUGCUUCCUUUUGCGAGUGUAAAUCUUCAGCUGAGUGAACGGGCGUGAGCAGAGUGUGGCGACGCUAUAGUUCCUCACCCGUCGUAUUCCUUCAGAUCUACCACAGCACGGAGGCAGACGCUGUUAAAACGAUGAGAUCAAUUUGAGUUUGGGCAUAAAGCCCUGCAAAAACUAGUUAACAGUAUUCUACUAAUGUUGAAGUACUGUUUGAGAUUUAAUUCAGCUCUCCGGUCUUUCACUCCAUACGGUUGGCAUAAAGCAGACUGGAGGCACUUCUAUUUUGAGUAUGACAAAUGUGUAUAUUUUUUUCCUCUUUCCAUUGAACGUCUAUCCAGUGCCAAGUGCAGUUAAUGUUAACUGGAUCUCUCAUGUUUAAAUGUCUUUCUUUUUGUCAUUUUUGUUUUUAUUUUCCUGUGUUGUUCAUAGCAUAACUGCCUAACGCUGAUUUAAAUAAAGAAAAGUGAUUUAUAAGGA